UCUGAGCAUCUCUGGACAGUUAUUUCAUCUCAUCCAAUCAGUUUUCUUAUUUUUUUUGCAGUGAAGACAAUGGAGGGAGGGGGUCGUUGACUUAUAAUCCUGAGCAUCCAUCCGAGUACUUCAGUUCUAGCGUCGAUCAUCGCUUACAGAGUUUUUUCUGCGAUCGAUCCCGUGCUUGUUAAUGGCUGCUUUUUCUCCUUCUUCUUCAUCCGAAGGUCGUUGGAAAUACGAUGUCUUUCUCAAUUUUAGAGGCGAAGACACACGUAAGAUCUUCGUCGGCCAUCUCUACAAAGCUCUGGAUCAGAAAGCAAUCAACACCUUCAUCGACGCCGAAGAGCUUCGAAAAGGCAACGACCUUUCGGAGCUCCUUACAGCUCUUAGCAACUCGAGGCUAUCGAUCGUAGUUUUUUCCGAAAACUACGCUUCCUCGACGUGGUGCUUGAAAGAACUCGUCCAGAUAAUGGAAUGCAUGGAUACACACAAGCAGAUAGUGGUGCCUGUAUUCUACCAAGUCAAUCCAUCCGAUAUCCGUAAACUCGAGGGAAGUUUUGCAGAAGCUUUUGCUAAACAUGAACACCAUUCUAACGUUGACGUGAAGGAGGUGCAGAGCUGGAGGUCCGCUCUUGCUAGAGCCACCGAUUUGUCCGGUUGGGAUUCGCAAAAUUAUAAGGAUGAUGCCAAGCUUAUUGAAGAUAUUGUAGAUGAUAUCUUUAACAAAUUGAUCCACGUCUCAUCAAGCAAAGAUAAUGGCUUGGUUGGAAUGGAUUACCACAUAGAUGAAAUGAAUUUACUAUUACGUCCUGGGGUGAAUGAUGUUUUCGCUGUUGGAAUAUGGGGUAUGGGAGGUAUAGGCAAAACCACCAUCGCUCGCGCUGUUUAUGAUGAAAUCGCUUGUCAAUUUGAAGCUUGCUGCUUUCUCGAAAAUGUCAAGGAAGGCUUCUCGAAUAAGGGUGCAGUACAUAUGCAGGAAGUGCUACUUUCUAGAAUCUUGAAGGAAAAGAUGUGGAGUUUAGGCACGUUGGAUCGAGGUUCCAAAAUGAUAAUGGAAAGGCUACGAAGGAAAAAGGUUUUCAUUGUUCUUGAUGAUGUUGACAAAUUAUCCCAAAUCGAAGACUUACUUGGAAAGCAGCAUUCAUUUGGUGGUGGAAGUAGAAUCAUUAUAACCACUAGAGAUAUGCAAUUACUAAGUGGAGUUGAUGCUGUAUAUAAGCCCAAGAGCUUAAGCGAGCCAGAAGCUCUUGAACUCUUCAGGCAGUAUGCCUUCAGAACAAACCAAUCCACAACAGAUUAUGAUCGUCUCUCGAGGCUUGCCCUACAACAUGCUCAUGGUGUGCCUUUAGCACUUAAAAUCUUGGGAGCUUUGCUUGAUAACAGAAGUGUACGGGAGUGGGAAGAUGUGUUGAAGAAAACAAAGAAAACUCAGCUCAUGGGAAUUCAGGAUGUUCUUAGAAAGAGCUUUGAUGGGCUAGACGAUUCAGAGAAGGACAUAUUUCUAGAUAUUGCAUGUUUCUUUAAAGGGAUGGAGAAAGACUAUGUAACUAAAAUUCUUGAUAGCUGUGGCUUUUAUCCCCAUAGUGGAUUAGGAGUACUAGUUAACAGAACUCUCAUCACCAUCUCAGAUUACGAUACGCUUGAGAUGCAUGAUUUACUGCAAGAAAUGGGGUGGGAAAUAGUCCGCCAAGAAUCUAAUAAAGAGUCUGGAAGACGAAGCAGGUUAUGGAUUUAUGAAGAUGUUCAUCGUGCAUUAACUCAAAAUACAGCUACAGAAGCAGUUGAAGGCAUAACCCUCGACUUGGCCAACUCAGAAGAGGUAUACUUCGAAACUGAAGCUUUUGUUAGAAUGAAAAAAUUAAGGCUUCUCAAGAUCCAUUGUAGCCGAUCUGUGGUAUACGCAUCAUGGGAGCAUCUAUCCCAUCCAAAUGAUGACUGUAAACAACACAUGAGUGGGGAUUUAAAAUUUCUCUCUCAUGAGUUGAGGUGUCUACUCUGGCAUGGGUGCCCCCUAAAGUCCUUGCCAUCCAAUUUCCACCCCAAGAAUCUUAUUGAUCUUGAAAUGCCUUAUAGCCAGAUUGAACAACUUUGGGAAGGAACCGAGCAUCUGGAAAUGUUGGAAGUCAUCGAUUUAAGACAUUCUCAAUACCUUAACAAAACCCCCGACAUCACUGAAGCAAAAAAUCUUGAGAUUCUAAAUCUCGAAGGUUGUACAAGUUUAACUGAAGUCCACCCAUCAAUUUCAGAUCUUGAGAAACUUGUUUUUUUGAGUCUAAAAGGAUGUAAAGAACUUAAGAUUCUUUCAAGCAGAAUUCACAUGAAAUCUCUUAAAACCCUUGUUCUUUCUGGCUGCUCAAAUCUUGUUAAGUUUCCAGAGAUUUCAGGAAGUAUGCAGGAGCUAUCAGAGCUUUAUCUAGAUCAGACUGCAAUUGAAGAACUUCCCUCAUCGAUCAGAAUUCUUACGGGGCUUGUUACUUUGAACCUAAAGCGUUGCAGAGAACUUAAGAGUCUUCCAAGCAGCAUUUGUCAACUCAAGUCCCUUAGAUAUCUUACUCUAUCUGGUUGUCCAAGACUUAAGGAGUUCCCAGAAAUUGAAGAAGAUAUGGAAGGAUUAAGAGAGCUUCAUUUGGAUGGAACAUCUAUCACACGGAUUUUCCCAUCAAUUGAACGGCUUCAGGGGCUUGUGAUACUAAAUUUGAAAAAUUGCAAAAGCAUCGUCUGUCUUCCAGACAGUAUCUGUAAUUUGGCAUACCUUACCCGUCUCACUGUCUCUGGGUGCUCAAGGCUUUGUCACUUGCCUGAGGGCUUAGGAAAUGUAGGAUCCUUGAGGGACAUUGAUGUUAAGGGAAGUGGUUUACGUCAACCAUUCUCUAUGUCAAGUAGGCUUUUGCCUCCAAGAUUAUUAUUUCCUGGAUGGAAGAAAAUGAAGGCACCAUUUCUAUUUUCACAACCAUCAAUCUGGGUUGGUGAAUAUUAUAAAAAUUUGAGACAGCUUGAUUUAAGUGACUGCAAACUGUUGAGACUACCGGAUGUUAUUUCUGUUCUCUCCCAAUUGGUCACACUAAUACUUUGCAGAAACAAUUUUGAGAGCUUACCUGCAACUCUAGAUCGACUUCAUUGUUUAAGACAUCUCAAUGUAGAAGCUUGCAGGAGACUGAAAUCAAUACCACAGCUUUCAUUGAGUAUAAAGGACGUAGAUGCGCAUGAUUGCACUGCUUUGGAAACAGUUUCAACCCCAAACCCGCAUGAUUGCAAUGCUUUGGAAACAGUUUCAAUACCAAAGCCUCAUAAUAUGAAUCUUUACUUCACAUUUUCCAAUUGCCUACAGCUGGUACAAAGAAAUCCAUUUAGGGAUAUUAUGGAAACUCUCUCUCAUCAUCAGGGUAAUCAGCUCCAGCUUCUUUCCUUCAAUAUGUCUCUUCCUGGAAGUGAAAUUCCAGAUUGGUUCAGCCAUCAGUGCAUGGGGUCUUCGGUAACUCUGCAGCUACCGCUGAAUUAUUACCAUAAUAAGGUAUUGGGGUUUGCUAUAUGCGCUGUUAGUAAGUUCAGGGGUGCUCAUUAUUGUGCAUCUGAUCUCUCUGUUCGAUGUUUUUGCACCUUCAAAGGAGAUCAUGGUGAUUUCAAUUACAAUUUCUAUAUGGUUGAUUGGGGAUCCAGAGUCAGAUUCCUUGACUCAGAUCACAUCUUUCUGGGAUAUGUUCCAUGGUCUAAAUGUACCUUGAUUGAAACUGGAAAGCUGCCCAGUAAACAUUGUUACACUGAGGCUACAUUCAAAAUUGUAGUAAAAGAAAAUGGAGCCUAUGCGAGCGAUUUCAGGGCUGCAGUACGAUACCCUUCUAUUGGAAGGGUCGGACUUCAUUUCAUUUAUGCCAAUCAUGAGACAGACAGCAGUUGCUAACUAUGCUUAGAUGAGCAGCCAGUGUUGCUGCUAUAAUGAAUGCUGGAUGGUCAAGUGAAGGAAUGCUUCUUGUAAGCAAGAGGUGCAAUAUCCUAAAACGAAUUCAAAACACUACUAAUCUGAAAAUGACCGUGGUGAAAUGCCUUCACUGGGAAUUGUUGAUGGCCCGGAAUGGUGGUGAUGCAACCCUGCAGAAUGGUUUUCUCUUGGCUCACAUUAACAAUGUCAGGAAAAGUUAUUGUGUGGUUGAAAAAUCUUCUAGUUGCUUGAUGAAAGGGAAAACAAUUGUAUUUGUUGAAGUUGGAACAUCUUCCUAUAGACAUAAUCGUUUAAUGCUUUGCCCUGAUUGGUUUAAUACAAGCUUGUAAUAUCUACUCUUCUCUACUUUGCCCUCAUAUAAACUUCAAAGAAAAGUAGGAACGCUUUUGAUUCUGAGAAUAAAAGGUACCUACUUUUGCUGUGAAAAUUUAUUGUCUUUGGCCUGAAAUUCUUGACUUAAGUGACUGCAAUCUACUGGAGGUAUUGGAUGGUAUUGCCUGCCGGAAAUAUUAAAGCUUUGAAGAAACUUUUUUGAGAGCUUACAUAAGACACUGACAACUCUCAAUUUUUUACCUGGGAAUAAUGUGAUCUGUGACCAUGUGAUUAAUCCUAACGCGCAGAAGGGACUGGUGGUGAAAUAUGGGGGAGUAGGAGUAGGUAUGAUUUUGGCGAACACAGCUGCGUCGCAUUACAAAAUUGGAGAGUUUCAUUUCUAUGUAUGCCAAUCGUGAGGAGGUGCAAAACUGAAGCAUGGCGCGGCCCCAAAUAUCAUCAUGAAAACUAUGGAGCGGAACUUCGUGUUCUUGGCAAAUCACAGGUAAGAGUUGCCAAUCA